CCCAUUCGUUCUCAUCCCGUGGCUUGUCUCUCCUCCCUGAGACUCACCCGUCCAACAUGGCUCAACGUAUACAUCUGAAUCCUAAUGCUCCUCGCGCUCCCAUGAUGCAAGGCUAUCAGCCUGAUCCCAUUGGAUCCCGCCUCCCUACCCAAACGAGCGACAACGAGACACUUGCUCGUGUUCAACGCAUGAGCUCGAAGAUGGAAGACAUCAUAGAGACUUACACCCAACCCAUCAGACCCUACGUUCCCGCCAUCUCGCGCUUCUUGAUCGUCGUCACAUUCUUCGAAGACGCUUUGAGGAUCGUUAUGCAAUGGAGUGAUCAGCUGUGGUACCUUCAUAAACACCGACAUAUGCCAUGGGGAAUUUCUCAUUUGUUCCUCUUUUGUAAUGUGCUCGCCAUGUCAGCUGGAUCUGUGGGAGUGAUCACCCGGAGAUACGUGGAAUUUGCCGUGAUUGCCCUCUUCGGUGUGAUCGUAGCGCAAGGUGUGGGAUACGGACUCAUCUUCGACUUGUCAUUCUUCGCCCGUAAUCUGAGUGUAAUCGGGGGCCUUUUGAUGGUCUUCUCCGACUCGUUGCAGAAGAACAAGAAACUCUUUGCUGGUCUUCCGACGAUAAGUGAGACAGACAGAAGGAUGUACUUCCAACUCGCGGGUCGUACCCUUCUCAUCUUCCUCUUCGUUGGUUUCAUUUUCCAAGGCAACUGGUCCAUCUCCCGUGUGCUGGUCUCGAUCGUCGGAUUCGGAGCGUGUAUCAUGGUGGUAGUCGGGUUCAAAGCCAAAUGGAGUGCUAUGUUCCUGGUAGCGCUCUUGAGCAUCUUCAAUGUUUUCAUAAACAACUGGUGGAGUGUGCACAGAGCGCACCCUCAGAGAGACUUCUUGAAAUAUGACUUUUUCCAGACUUUAUCUAUCGUCGGUGGCUUACUGCUACUGGUCAACAUGGGUCCGGGUGGAAUAUCUGUCGACGAGAAGAAGAAAGUCAGUUUGAUACUCCCAAUGUUGACGUCGGCUUACGAGCAGGUCUACUAA